AUGGAAGAUCGUACGCCAAUAAUUGUGGGCGUCGGAGACGUGCGACACAGGUCAUUGAGGACCGACGAGGCAAUCGAACCUGCGGAGUUGAUGCUGGUUGCGUACAGAGACGCCGUUCACGAUAUCGGGAGCCAAAUAUCGGAAAACGAGUUCUCUACGCAUGUCGAUAGCAUAUACGUCGUACCGCCUUGGACAUGGCCUUAUGAAGACCUCCCAGCCCAUCUUUCGGGGAAGUUGCGAGGCAAUGUCAACCAGCGCCACCUUCGUCUAGGCAUUCACGGUGGUCACCAGCCGGCCGCCUUGUGUGACGAGGCUGCCAGGCGGAUUGCAGCAGGGGAAUCCAACGUGGCCGUUGUCACCGGCGGCGAAGCUCUUGCAUCCCUGGCCGCAUGCCAAAAGGCCAAGGAAAUGCCUCCACGGGGCUGGACCAAACCAGAUCCACAAGCGAAACCCAUCAGUCCCGGCGACAGAUCGCGAUUGGGUCACAACGCUGGCGGACUGCACUCCGUUGGACUCCCUAUUCAUGUCUAUGCAAUGUACGAAAAUGGCUUCCGAAGGCAACAGGGGCAGACCCACCGACAGAAUAUGGAAGAGUCGGCUACGCUAUACGCUGAUUUUGACCGGAUAGCAUGCGAGGAGGCAGAAUAUAGUUGGAGGUUUGGUGAGACCCCGAAGGACGCCAAUGCUAUCGGCACGGUGACGGAGAGGAACAGGAUGAUCUGCUCCCCAUACCCACUGCUGAUGAAUGCAUUCAACACCGUCAACCUAGCCGCCACGUGCAUCGUCACUUCAGUUGGGUACGCUCGAAAACUGGGCAUACCUGAUGAUAAGUGGACUUAUAUCCUGGGUGGAGCAGGUACCGCAGAUAGCGCCAAUUUCUGGGAAAGACCAAACUACUACUCUAGCCCAGCAUUAAGCCAAUCUAUUGACGCGGCCUUAGAGGUGUCAGGGUUGUCGAAAGACGACGUCGAGUGCUAUGACUUCUAUUCCUGCUUCCCUAUCGUGCCGAAACUGGCAUGUAAUCACCUAGACCUGGACGUCUUGCACCCUCCGAAAAGAAUAUCUCUGCUUGGAGGGUUGACUUCAUUUGGCGGCGCAGGAAACAACUAUUCCAUGCACGCUAUCACCGAAAUGACCCGGCAGAUCCGAAAGGGGGCCUUCCGUAAUGGUUUGGUACUCGCGAAUGGCGGCAUCUUGACGUAUCAGCAUGUAAUUUGCCUGUCCUCGCAGCGGCCGCAACACAGAUAUCCGAAAGAUCUCCCACUGCCGGCCCAAGGUCAAAAUACUGGAGCCCCUGACUUCAUUGAAGUAGCCGAGGGUCCUGCAACCAUUGAAACAUAUACAGUAGAAUUUGCUCGAGGAAGCAAACCGUUCUUGGGACAUAUUGUCGGAAGGACUCCGGAAGGUCGUCGGUUCGUCUCGAACCAUGGCGAUGAGCAGACCCUCCGUACUUUGGUGAAUGCGGAUAUCGAGCCCAUCGGUCUUCAAGGUCUGGCUAGGCCCUGUUUGGUGACGGCUUUUAAUCUAGCGGCCCGAUACCAGCCACCUGGACCACUUGACAGGUUCAGCUCCAGACUUUGUUCCUCAUACGAGGAUGGGAGCGCAACAGGGAUUGCCCCAGAGAUCAAGACCUCCCAAUCGUCGCAUGAACGAGGAACUCAGUACGAUAGGGAAAUGAGGCUCCUCAAUGCAACCACAAGACAACUUGAGGAGUUUGUGGCUGACAUCCCACCAUAUGCUAUUCUAUCGCACACUUGGGGUGAGCGAGAAGUUACAUUCGCAGACUUAUCGUCACCUCCCACCACUACCACCACCACGGCUUCUGUACCCCUAAACGACAAGGUUGAAAAUACUUGUGAACUUGCUCUACAGCACGGCCUAUCCCAUGUGUGGAUCGACAGCUGCUGCAUCGAUAAAUCGAGCAGCGCAGAGCUGACGGAAGCCAUCAACUCGAUGUGGAAUUGGUAUCAGCUCUCGGUCGUCUGCUACGCAUUCCUAGACGACUUUGGCCCGAACGAUUCAACUUUUGCUUCCUGCAAAUGGUUUACUCGAGGCUGGACCUUGCAAGAAUUGCUGGCGCCAAAGCAGGUUGAGUUCUACGACAGGUCAUGGAACUUCAGAGGAACACGAGACGAUCUACUUUCUCCUCUCUCAAGCCUCACUCGCAUUCCGAACCCAGUACUUCAAGGACGAAUGCCCUUGUCAGAAUGCUCUGUGGCGUCUAGGAUGUCGUGGGCAGCUGGGAGGAAGACGACCAGGAUUGAGGAUGCCGCGUACAGCCUCCUUGGUAUAUUCAAUGUGCAUAUGCCGGCCAUUUACGGCGAGGGUAUCAACGCAUUCCCUGAUAUUGAAGGGAAGUAUGGCUCGCGAGGUCUGCUGGCUGGGUCUCCUGAUGGUUUCUUGAAAACCUCUGGAGUACGGCCAUUUUUCGAUGACUUCUCGACAAGAUUUGCCAUUACCAACCAGGGCUUGUGGAUUUCUGGAGAUGCACCGAUCAAGUUAAUCACGUACAGGGGCGAUGGACCGAAUUCAUCAAGGUACGCCAUAUACUUGGGCAUGGACUCAGCCGCUCAGGCUGUGGGUAUCUAUCUCCGCAAGAUCGGCCCCAGACUUUUCUAUCGUGAUGUCGAUCUUUCUAUGGCCGGGGUAGGGGUUGGAGAUGACGCUAUAGUUGACAACUUGGAUAUCCCUGAUUAUCAUAUCCUCAUCGAUCCGGUGAUGCACCCAACCCGACUGGCCAUUCCCUUCCGAGAUGGUGCACUGCAUGUGCCAUCCAGCCAAUACUUCACCAUAUGCGAUGCCAUACCGACCGAGUUGUGGGAUCACAUGGGUAACAUAUUUCUGAAACCAAAGCCAUACCAGUGGUGUCAGCACAUUACUGUGCUUGGCGUCGCAGUCCAGUUCAGGCUGGGAGGCGUCACUGUUCCAAUGGUGGUGCUAUGCGAUUGCCGUAUUAGGCGACAGGUCAAGUUGCUCUCUGGAGACAAAAUCCACGUUUUUGCAGCGUCGUUAUUCGGUGGGCGCAAUAGGAGAACGUCUGUUGAGUGGAGGGAGUUGGAAAUCGAGGCGCCAGAUCUCAUGGAAAUGGGGAACACCGCUGAAGUCACCGUCAAGGAUAGAACCUUCAACGUCGAGGCUCAUCUGAUUGAAGUUGAGCCAAUCUCCAUUAUCAAGAUGCUAAACCUCCGUUUUAAUGUGGAGGAGACAGAAACACCAAUUAUGUGGUGA